AUGAUAACCGACGGCCAUCUUCUGCUUCUCAUACUCUCCAUCUCCCAUGUGCUCGCCGCCCUCGCCGGCGGCGGCGGUGGCAACGUCCCCGCCGAUUCCAUCCUCCUGAACUCGGGUUCGACGGAGGACGCCAUCGACGCCGAUGGCCGGACCUGGGCCGGCGACCGGAACGACAAGUACCGCCUCUCCUCCGGCAAUUCAUCCCCUUCGACGGCCCCCUACCAGGACCCCUCGUUACCUUCGCAGACCCCCUACAUGUCCGCCAGGGUCUUCACUGCGGCUUCCACCUACGAGUUCUCCGUCUCCGCUAAGACCCAUCACUACGUCCGCCUCCAUUUCUACCCUGCCGCCUACAACGGCCAGGACCCCGCCGGUAGCUACUUUGACGUCACCACCGCCGACGGGUCGAUCACUCUGCUGCGCAACUUCAGCGCCUUCGCCACCGUAAAGGCCCUGACGCAGGCCUACAUUAUCAGGGAGUUCUACCUCCCGCCGGCGGCCGGUGGCGUCCUCCGACUGACCUUCACCCCCUCGGUGGCGCACAAGGGGUCCUACGCCUUCGUCAACGGCAUCGAGGUCCUCUCCGCGCCGGACAUCUACGGCAGCGGCGCCGCCUCUCUGGUCGGCUUCUCCGGCCAGGACGUCACCGUUGGGAGCUCCGCCGUGCAGACCAUGUUCCGGCUCAACGUCGGUGGGCAGUUCCUGCCGCCGGGCAACGACACCGGAGGCCUCGGGAGGACCUGGUACGACGACUCGCCGUACAUCUUCGGGGCGGCGUUCGGCAUCACUUACGCCGCCGAGAAGAACGUCACCGUCAGGUACCCGCCGGAGGCGAGGGAGAUGGCGCCGCUGGACGUCUACGCGUCGGCGAGGUCCAUGGGGCCCGACCCGCAGGUGAACAUGAACACCAACCUCACCUGGGCGUUCCAGGUGGACGGAGGCUUCAUGUACGUGGUGAGGCUCCAUUUUUGCGAGCUGCAGAUGAGCAAGAUCAACCAGAGGGUGUUCGACAUCUACAUCAACAACCAGACGGCUGUGGCCGGCGCCGACGUGGUCGGCUGGACUUUGUCCCCCGCCGUGCCGGUGCACAAGGACUACGCCGUCUACGUCGCCGACGGCCCGGGGAGCGAGGAGCUGUGGGUGGCGCUGCACCCAUCCAUGGCCUCUAAGGCCGAGUAUUACGACGCCGUCCUCAACGGGCUGGAGGUGUUCAAGAUGAACGACACCGCCGGCAACCUGGCGGGGCCCAAUCCCUCUCCCUCCACCAUGCUGACCGAAGCAGAGGAGAGAGAGGCCGCGGCGGCAGCGACGCCGCAGUUUUCCUCCUCCUCCUCCGGUGGGGGGCGGAGCGGGGUCAUAGGGGGGGCCGCCGGCGGUGCCGCCGCGUUGGGGCUCGUCUUCGCCAUCUGCUUCGCGGUGUAUAGCCGCAAGAGGAGGGUCGGGGGGGCAGCGUCCGGCGGAGGAUCAGGAUGGCUGCCGCUCUACGGCGGGGGGAGCUCCAACGCGACGACGAGCAGGUCGACCAUCUCCGGGAAGAGCUCCGCCAGCAGCCACCUGUCCUCGCUGGCGGUGAGCCUGUGCAGGCACUUCUCCAUCGCGGAGAUCAAGCAGGCGACCAGGAACUUCGACGAGUCGCUGGUGAUCGGGGUGGGGGGCUUCGGGAAGGUGUAUAAGGGGGUGGUGGACGGCGGCACGAAGGUGGCAAUCAAGCGGUCCAACCCCUCGUCGGAGCAGGGCGUGCACGAGUUCCAGACGGAGAUCGAGAUGCUCUCCAAGCUGCGGCACCGCCACCUGGUCUCCCUCAUCGGCUACUGCGAGGAGAACGAGGAGAUGAUCCUGGUCUACGACUACAUGGCCCACGGCACCCUGCGCGAGCACCUGUACAAGGGCGGCGGCUGCAAGUCCCCGCUGCCGUGGAAGCAGCGGCUGGAGAUCUGCAUCGGGGCCGCCAGGGGCCUGCACUACCUUCACACCGGCGCCAAGUACCCCAUCAUCCACCGCGACGUGAAGACCACCAAUAUCCUAGUGGACGAGAAAUGGGUCGCCAAAGUCUCCGACUUUGGGCUCUCCAAGACGGGCCCCUCCGCCAUCGGCCAGACGCAUGUAAGCACGGUGGUGAAGGGCAGCUUCGGCUACCUCGACCCGGAAUACUUCCGGCGGCAGCAGCUCACUGACAAGUCCGACGUCUACUCCUUCGGGGUCGUCCUCUUUGAGGUGCUCUGCGCGAGGCCGGCGCUCAACCCGAGCCUUCCCAGGGAACAGGUGAGCCUCGCCGACUGGACGCUCCACUGUAAGAGGAAGGGGACGCUCGAGGACAUCGUCGACCCCUCUCUCCGGGGGCAGAUCAGCGCAGAGUGCCUCAAGAAGUUCAUCGCCACCGCCGAGAAGUGCCUCGCCGACCACGGCGUCGAUAGGCCCGCCAUGGGGGACGUGCUCUGGAACCUCGAGUUCGCCCUCCAGCUGCAGGAGACCGCCGACGGCGGCGGCGCGGGGGUGGUGCCAGAGGGAGCGAGUUCGCCCUCCGCCGCCGCAGCUGCCGACGGCUCCAGCCACCGGACAGGGGAAAGCCUCGGAGGGAGCGAGAUGAGCGAGGAAUCUGACGGCCUGAACACCAGCGCGGUUUUCUCGCAGCUCAUCAAUCCGAAGGGCCGAUGA